AUGAAGUACUUGAGCACGCGCGGCGGCGCUGAGCGGCUCACGCUCGAGGAGGCUGUGCUGCAGGGCCUGGCCCCGAAUGGGGGUCUGUAUGUGCCCGAGUCGAUCCCGGCGCUCCCGGCCGACUGGGCGACGGCCUGGCAGGACGCCCCGUUCACGGAGCUCUCGUUCCAGCUGCUCUCGCUGUUUGUGCCGCCGACCGAGGCGGAGGGCGGUAUUCCGCCCGAGGACCUGCGUGCGCUGAUCCACAAGUCGUACGCGUCCUUCCGCCACGAGGAGGUGACGCCGCUGCACCGCGUGUCCGAGCACGAGUGGUGCCUCGAGCUGUGGCACGGCCCGACGUUUGCGUUCAAGGACGUGGCGCUUCAGCUGCUUGGCCACCUGUUCGAGUACUUCCUCACGCGCCGCAACGCGCGGAGCAGCGGCGCGCCGCACACGCUCACGGUCGUCGGCGCCACGAGCGGCGACACGGGCAGCGCCGCCAUCGCGGGCCUGCGCGCCAAGGCCAACAUCCACGUCUUUAUCCUGCACCCCCAGGGCCGCGUGUCGCCGAUCCAGGAGGCGCAGAUGACGACUGUGCUCGACGACAACGUGCACAACCUCGCGGUCCCCGGCACCUUUGACGACUGCCAGGCCAUCGUCAAGGCGCUCUUCUCCGACAAGGCCUUCAACGACGCGCACCACCUCGGCGCCAUCAACAGCAUAAACUGGGCGCGCAUCCUCUCGCAGAUCGUCUACUACUUUGCGGCGUACUUUGCGCUGCGCCGCGCACACCCCCACGUCGACGCCUCGCGCGUGCAGAUCGUCGUGCCCACCGGCAACUUUGGCGACGUGCUCGCGGGCUACUACGCCAAGCGCCUCGGCCUCCCGAUGGAGCGCCUCGUCGUGGCCACGAACGAGAACGACAUCCUCCAGCGCUUCUGGGCAACAGGCCGCUACGAGAAGGACCCGACAGCGAGCGACGUGCGCGCGACGCUCAGCCCCGCGAUGGACAUCCAGGUGUCGUCCAACUUCGAGCGCCUCCUCUGGUACCUCGCGUACGAGACCGCGCCAGGCCCCGACAGGGCCGCCGACGCCGGCAGCCAGGUCGCCGCAUGGAUGCAGCAGCUCGCGUCGACCGGCGCCAUCGCCGUGAGCGAGGCACAGCAUGCGAUCGCAUGCCGCGACUUCCGCGCCGAGCGUGUGUCGGACGACGAGACGCGCGCUACGAUCCUGCGCUACUACAGCGGCACCAGCGACCGCGCGGCGUACCUCAUGGACCCGCACACGGCCGUCGCCUUCGAGGCCGCGAACCGCGUCGCCACGGGCCACCCGCAGAUCAUCCUCUCGACGGCGCACCCCGCCAAGUUCUCCGACGCGGUCGUCUCGUCCAUCGCGCCUGCGUCCAGUGAGCAGGAGGCCGCGGCCUUCUUCCACUCGCGCGUGCUGCCCAAGGAAAUGCACGGGCUCCUCGACAAGCCGCGCCGCGUAACGCACGUCGACGCCGCGCAGGGGCCCGACAAGCUCGCCGCGCUCGUCGCGCGCACCAAGGAGAUCAUCGAGCGCGACGGCUUCCAGGCCUAG